GGGGCAAUUGUUGGCUGUAAUUAAUGAUAAAACCGACAAACCAAAUUUGAAUGGAUUUCAGGUAUAUCAAGCUGUCUAGCCCAAAGUUGAACAACGUCGCCGUCGUCGGCUGUAUUCUGGUCUAUAUGGCUGUUAUUCUCCUUGGAUUGGACAAUGCCACCCUGCCGUCGACGGCCGUUUUCCCCACUGUCUGCACGGCCAGAGUAUACCUGUUAUCUGCCGGUUUUUCCAUGGCGUUUGGUUCCAUGUUUGCCAAGACUUAUCGUGUGCACAGAAUUUUCACGAGAAACGCCAGAGGAGUUGUAAAAAACAAGCUCCUCCAGGACACACAAUUAAUAUCUCUCAUAUGCGUGCUUCUCGUCGUCGACGGUCUUAUUGUGACUUUAUGGGUGAUAGUUGACCCGAUCGAACGUCAAUUGAGGAAUUUAUCACUUGAAAUAUCACCGAUAGAAAGAAGCGUUGUAUAUCAGCCACAGAUUGAAGUCUGCUCCUCACAGUUCAUACAUAGCUGGCUGGGUGCACUUUACAUUUACAAGGGGUUAUUACUUGUCGUUGGUGUAUACAUGGCUUGGGAAACAAGACAUGUAAAAAUACCAGCGUUAAAUGAUUCGCAAUACAUUGGCCUCAGUGUAUACAGCGUUGUCAUAACCAGUGUGCUGGUUGUCGUCCUUGCCAAUCUGAUUUCUGAAAGAGUAACGCUGGCAUUUCUAACAAUCACAAUUCCGAUUCUAGUCUCGACAACAGGGUCUCUUUGCCUUCUAUUUAUCCCAAAGCUUCAUGAUAUUUUAGUACAUACUGGGAGUACUGCGACCCUUGAUCCGAUAAUGCAGAGUAUGGGGUUAAAGAUAGAAUGCAACACUAGAAGGUUUCUCACAGAUGAUAGAAGAGAACUUUAUUUUCGUGUUGAAGUUCAAAAUAAAGUGUACAGGAGAGAAUUACAUCUUUUGGAUAAUGAAAUAGCUAAACUAGAAAAACAGCUUACUAACGAAGCUUCUUCAUGCAGUUCACGGUCAUCAAUUAUGGCCCCAAAGAGUGAAAUAGAAGAAGCUUUGGAAAGGCUUUCCCUUCCUGUGCCACCGAGAGGAAAGUCUCCAAGUGUGAGCGGAGGUAUACCAAUGCUUCUAUUAUCUGUUUUGCCACCUGUGAUACCAAGAGCUAGUUGGCCUACUGAAGAACAUUGCUCCCAGCCCAUGCGCCGGAGUGUCACUUUCAGUUCAGAAUCAAAAUUAGACGAGAAAAAGGCUUUGUCGGGCAAGAUGAACUUUUGUCAAAGAGAUUCAAUUUCAAGCACAGAGCCUUCUAAAGUGUCGGUUUUUGGUAAAUUGCUAAAUAUGAUAACGCCAAAGCCGGCAGUUAGAAAAAUUUCAGCCCCAACAGCAGGUGGUUUGGCUUCAGCUUUCAGAGCGCACAUGGAAUAUUUUGCAGGAUUUGUUCCUGGAAACAAGAGCAAUUCAGAAAGUUGUGAGUCAUCCUGCAAUACAAGUAGAACAGGAAUUAAUAAGGCACCGUUUGUCAACAUAGAUGACUUUGAUAUCAGAGGGAGGAAGUAUUCUCUCGGUUUGGGUAAAGAAGAAAUAAGUGAUGGCGAAGAAGACCACAACAGAAUUCAGGCAAGAUCUGUACAAUCUUUAUCUCAGCCUCGUGUUUCAUUUUCAAUCCAGCUACAGAGCUCCCAACCGAUUCUCUAUAAGGAACGACCAAAAGGAUCACCAAGAUUCCCUCACAGAAUCGUUCCUACAAGCAGCUUAAAUGCUCUCGAAGACAAGUUAAACCUCAAAAAGGCCAAUUAUCUUAAUGUCAUACAAAACUAUAAACCAGGAAAAGUGGGUCCAGAUGGCAAAUGCAGAUCGCUGGAAGAUGCCAGGCCUCAACAAAAGAAGGAUGAAGAAAGGGCUUCAAGUAUGAGCCCCAACUGUGAAGUUUGGUAUGACAAAAUGAAUACAAAUAAGGAUGAUAGUGCCCCUGGUAGUGAAAAUGAAGAAUGCCCUGAAACUUGUGAAUAUACAUAGAGUCUCAGCUCAAACACUUUUAUUUUUAUUUUUUUAAUGCCUCAAUUUAUUAAUUAAUUUAUUUUUAAGCAUAGUUUCUAUUAAAGAUUAUUUUAAACAUUGAUAUUUUAUCACUUCAAACUUUAAUGACUUUAAAAUGUGCCAAAUUAAAAGUAGUAAUUUAUUGUAUUAUGUAUUUCAAUGAUGAAAAUUGUUACCUG